AUGCAGUCGUUGCAAGAGAAAGCCUCCGAGUGGAGUGGAGUUGACACAGCUGACGCGUUUGCUAUUGACGACACUAACUUGUUUGAAAAGCUUGGCCUUCAAACUUUCAUUAGCCUGUCUACAAAUUUUUAUAACAGGGUGUAUGAUGACGAAGAAGAGUGGUUUAGAUCCAUAUUUGUGAAUUCUAAGAAAGAAGAAGCCAUUCAGAAUCAGUACGAGUUUUUUGUGCAGAGAAUGGGAGGGCCUCCUUUGUAUUCUCAAAGGAAAGGCCAUCCUGCUCUAAUUGGACGCCAUCGACCAUUUCCUGUCACACACCAAGCUGCAGAGAGGUGGUUACAUCACAUGCAGAAGGCAGUGGACAGCACCCCAGAUAUUGACGAUGACUCGAAAAUCAAAAUGAUGAAAUUCUUCAGGCACACCGCAUUCUUUCUCGUGGCCGGAGAUGAAUUGAAGAAUCAAAAUGGGCGCACUCCUACUAAGCCUGGUGCCAGCAGAUGA